UUGUAUGAAACGAUUCCUCGAUCUGAUUGUCGGCUAGCACAGGUCUGUUGCUCAAGACUAACUGGAACCAAAAAGAAUAUCUUUGUUUCUAAAUAUGACUUCUUUCAAACCGGAAUUUGUUUCCUCGUUCUCUCUGUAUCAAAAGGUUCAUCCACUUCUCGCAUCAAACUUGGUGAUUAUCACUAUUACGGUUGGGGUACCGAGGUGAACUACGUCAAAGCCAUUCAGCACUACCGAAUCGCCUCGGAAUUGCAUCGCAACUCACAGGCCAUGUUCAAUUUGGCCUAUAUGCAUGAACAGGGGUUGGGACUGAAACCGGACAUCCAUCUAGCGAAGCGUUACUAUGAUAUGGCCGCAGAAGCCUCAAUGGACGCCAAAAUCCCGGUUAAUUUGGCACUAGCUCGGCUCUCCAUUUACUUCGGAUCUGACUAUCUGCGUGAAUUCGGUUUGAUGAAAUUCGUCCAACGCCUUUGGUACGGCGCAUCUAGCUCAAUCCCCGCUGACACAUCUACUCCGGACACUCCUAUGGAUUCCUCAGAAUCCGAUCCAACAUCCACAUCAACUUCACCUGGAAAAAUGGACUGGGAUUAUUAUGCCAUUCCGAUUAUGGCCGGUCUUCUACUGAUUUUGAUAUUCUAUCUACGUCAAGCACGUCGAUGA